CGCGGGCGGGAGGAGGCGCGUCUGGGACGGGAGCGGCGGGGCCGGGCCGAGGGCGGCGGCGGGACGCGGCGGAGCUGCUCUCGCCAUGGGCGGUGGGCGCCGGGACCGGGCUCCGCCGGCCGCGGGGCUGCGGCUGCUCCUGGCCCACGCCGUGCUGCUCUGCACCACCGGGAGCGCCGCGACCGACGGCUCCGUGAAUCCCUGCUGCUACUUCCCCUGCCAGCACCAAGGAGUGUGUGUGAGGGUCGGCCUGGGAGGAUACGAGUGUGACUGCACACGGACGGGAUACUCUGGGGACAACUGCACCUCCCCCGAGCUCUGGACACGCCUCCACAACCUGCUGAAGCCCAGUCCUGCCUUCUACCACUUCAUCCUGACCCACUUCAAGUGGCUGUGGGACAUCAUCAACAGCACCUGCAUCAGGGACACGCUCAUGAGGCUCGUGCUCACAGUUCGUGCCAAUCUCAUCCCCAGUCCCCCCACCUUUAACUCCGACUACGGCUACAUCAGCUGGGAAGCCUAUGCCAACGUCAGCUACUACACCCGCAUCCUCCCACCCGUGCCGGAUGACUGCCCAAAGCCCAUGGGGACCAAAGGGAAGCAGCAGCUCCCUGACCCCCAGCUCCUGGCAGAGAGGUUCCUGCUGCGGAGGAAGUUCAAAGCUGAUCCCCAGGGCACCAACCUGAUGUUUGCCUUCUUCGCCCAGCAUUUCACCCACCAGUUCUUCAAGACAUCCGGGAAGAUGGGACGCGGCUUCACCAAGGCGCUGGGGCACGGGGUGGACCUCGGGCACCUGUAUGGGGACAACCUGCAGCGGCAGCACCAGCUGCGACUCUUCAAGGAUGGGAAGCUGAAGUUCCAGGUGGUGGAUGGAGAAGUGUACCCCCCCACGGUCACCGAUGCCCCGGUCCACAUGGUCUACCCGCCUGCCACCCCCAAGGAGAAGCAGCUGGCGAUAGGGCAGGAGGUGUUUGGGCUGCUGCCGGGGCUCUGCAUGUACGCCACGCUCUGGCUGCGCGAGCACAACCGUGUCUGUGACGUGCUGAAACGGGAGCAUCCCACCUGGAGCGACGAGCAGCUCUUCCAGACGGCUCGGCUCAUCCUCAUCGGGGAGACCAUUAAGAUCAUCAUUGAAGACUACGUCCAGCACCUCAGCGGGUACUACCUGAGCCUCAAGUUUGACCCCGAGCUGCUGUUCGGGACACAGUUCCAGUACCGGAAUCGCAUCGCGGUGGAAUUCAACCAGCUCUAUCACUGGCACGGGCUGAUGCCCGACUCCUUCGUCAUCCAGGGGGAAGAGUACAGCUACGAGCAGUUCCUCUACAACACCUCCAUGCUCAUGGACUAUGGCGUCGAGGCACUGGUGGAGUCCUUCUCCAAGCAGAUUGCAGGAAGGAUCGGUGGGGGACAAACCAUCCACGCCAAUGUCUUGAAAGUGGCCAUUGGGGUCAUCAAGGAAUCCCGGCAGCUCAGGCUCCAGCCGUUUAAUGAGUAUCGGAAGAGGUUUGGCAUGAAGCCCUACAAGUCCUUUCAGGAGCUCACAGGAGAGGAAGAGAAAGCGGCAGAACUGCAAGAGCUGUAUGGAGACAUUGACGCUCUGGAGUUCUAUCCGGGCUUGCUGCUUGAGAAACCCCAACCCAAUGGAAUCUUUGGGGAAAGCAUGGUGGAGAUCGGAGCUCCAUUCUCCCUGAAGGGGCUUCUUGGAAACCCCAUCUGCUCCCCAGAGUACUGGAAACCCAGCACCUUUGGUGGAGCAACUGGCUUUGACAUAGUGAAGACAGCAUCGCUCAAGAAGCUCGUGUGCCUCAACGUGAAGAAGUGCCCAUACGUGUCGUUCCGUGUGCCGGAGGCUGCGGAAAGGGGCAGCCCUCAGGAUGGAGGACAUUCAACGGAGCUCUAGCACCAGCACAGCCUGCCCAGGUACCGGCAAAGCUGCGCUCCAGGCCUGGCACUGAGCAUCCCAUUCCUUCCUGCAGGUAGUGGGGACGCCCACCACUGUGCUGAGGAGAAGCAGGACAGAAGGUGGUCCCAUCCUGGGCAUCAUCCACACCAGGCCUCUAGGAGAGGCUUGUACCAGCCCUGUGAAAACCCCGAGUGCCUCAGGGGCUGUCCUGCGUUCAGCUGUAACAGUUGUUUUUCUCCUCCUUAGUAACUGGUGCAGGGCUGUGUUUUGUUUUACCCUGAGAACGCUGACAACACCAAUGUUUUAGUUGUUGCUCAGUGAUGCUUACUCCAAUCAAGGACUUUUCAGUCUCUCAUGCUCUGCCAGUGAUGAAGGGCACAAGAAGCCAGGAAGAAGCAGAGCCAGGACACCUGACCCAAACUGGCCAAAGGGAUAUUCCAUGCCAUAGCACAUCAUAUCCAGGAUAGAAACUGGGGGGAGUUACCUGGAAGGCCAAAUCGCUGCUUGGGUCAGGCUGGGUAUCGAUCAAUGGGUGGUGAGCAAUUGUACUGAGCAUCACUUGUGCUUAUUGGUUUCUUUUCCCUUUUAGUUUUGUAUUCUCUCCCCUUUUCAUCUCCCUUAUCAUUGUUAUUAUUAGUGGUAGUAGUAGUACUCUUGUAUUAUACCUUCGUUAGUCCUAGUGGUUUUGUAUUAUACUUUAGUUAGUCCUAGUGGUUUUGUAUUAUACUUCAGUUAGUCCUAGUGGUUUUGUAUUAUACCUUAGUUAGUAGUACUAACUAAGUAUCUAUAUAAAUUUUAUAAAUUUUAAUAUUUUUAAAAUUUUAAAUAUAUAAAUAUUUUGUUUUGGUAUUAUACCUUAGUUACCAAACUGUUCUUAUCUCAUUACAUUAUUUCCAUUCUCCUCCUCAUCCCUCCGGGAGCACGGGGGGAAGGAGGAGAGUGAGCGAGCUGCUGCAUGGUUCUGAGUUACUGGCUGGGCUUAAACCAUAACAGGAUUGCAGCUGCCACCACCGUCCUCAGCAGACCCAGCUCUCUUGCUAGUGAACACCUCGCACUAAGCCAGCUUUGGGGUUCCCCAUGGGACACCCGCCUCCUCGGGACACUCUGGACCCCUCUGUGCUCUGUCACCUUUUCCAGCACCGGGCCACCUGCAGCCCCUCUUCCACAGGGAUCCCCAGCUUGGAACAGAGGAGCGCAGAGCCCAGGCAGCCCUCACAAUCCUUCCUCCGCUGCUGCACCUGGUGAAGAUGCUGAGCUCCCCAAGGAGGUGGAAGAGGCUGGUGGCAGCAUGCAGAGGGACAGGAGGACACGCUGUAGGUGUUCGUGCUGGCCCAGGUGGCAGUGCUGGGGGGUCUCUCCCCAAGGGUCUGCCCGGCUGUACCCUGUGCUGUGCCCCUCCAAGGGCCAUGACCCUCACUGUGCAUCCCUCGCUCAGGCAAAAUCACAGCGCUCAGGAACAAUGCAAACAGCAGCAGAUGGGGAGCAGUACCUCAUCCGGUCUGUCAGCGUGUCCCAGAUCCACACCGGGAUCUCCAUGCCCCAUGUCUCCAGCCAGCUAGAGCACACUUCCAGAACAUGCGUGAUCACCCUCUCCCUGCACUGAGCUGCUCCAGCCUCCAGCCUCCUUUACCACCCAGCUAAAGGCACAAGCUCAGCUGGUUUCAGUUAGACCACAGACAUCCUGCUUUUGUUUGUAGCUAUUGAAGGCAAGCAGUGCUGGCUGGUACCGAUAAGGGUAUGGGAGUCCAUCAGGCACAGAGAGCUGCCCAGAUGCUCUCUGUCACCAAGGAGGAAUGUUCAUCCAGGAACUAGCUCAGCCGAGCUGACACCAGCGAUACUGAAAUCCCUUCCAGCCAUGCCACCAGCUCCCACACGCCACAGCCCAGCACGGGGAAGCAUCUCCCUCCUGCACCUCAGCCUUCUGCUAUGGGAAAAGCUUUGAAAUUGUUUCACUGUAGGACUAACGCUAUCAAAACCUUCUCUGUGAGCCUGGGGACUGCACAUGCAGCACUGCUGAGCCCUUGCCUUUUCUUUGCUAGUCUUUCAGCCAUGGCAGCUGGUAGAAAUCACAUCCUCACCAGCUGAUCCACCACAAUGCACAGGCACAUCCACGGCAGAAGACAGCAGUUUGCAUCUAAACACAGUAUUUAGUCUUGUGCAUCCACCAGCAUCACCCAACCAAGGUGAGGGCUCCUAGUGCCCCUCAGCACUGCGAGCUCUGGGGAUGGUGCAGAGGCGAUGGCUGCUGUUUUGAGCUCUUGGUAAACACAGCUUGUGGGACAUCCUCUGAGUUUUAAACAAGCAGCUCCGAGCAGCCCAGCUGCAGCUUUGCCUGCGCAGGGACCGACGUGGAUGCAGGAUGUGCAGUGCAAACAGCAACAAUGAGAACAUCUGGCUGUGGUUCUGCGACCUCUUAACUGAUGAUUCACCGAGCAGGAGGCUAGCGCUGACCAGAGGAGACUGUGCAAGAAGACCACUUGCCCGCAAUGCUUUAGCACGUUAGAAGGAAGGGAAGGACAGAGGUUGCAGACGGGGUGCAGCUGCUCCAGGGUUUUCCUCUCCAGAAUCAAGAUUGAUGAUGGAAAGUUGUCUGAACCCCAUGGUGGCAAAGAUAAGUAGGGCACUAAGGCUGAAUGGAAAAGCAAUCCCCCAUUGGAGGAAGUCACCUGGGCCCAUCAAGCCUGGGGUCAGCCACCAGAGUUGACCAAUUUCUACCACCCGCUGCACCAGAGCCCUGCAUGGUAACAAACCCCACUUCACCACCUCUCAGCUUUCUGCCAAGAACCAUGUUCUGUGCUGGGGAAGCUGCUGUGCCAGAAAAGAUCGAUGGAACAUCUCUGACAAAAUUAAAAAGCAUCCUUUAUUCAAAACCAAACCAUUUAGUAGGAAUGCACUGAUUUAAGUGAAGAUCUGAUGGUGACAGUACAACAGCUUUGGUGGAAGCACAGGCACCUGCAUCAAACCACAAGCCUCACUCGCUCAAAUGCCAAGCUACAUGUUCCAAAACAGGAUUAUUUUAUGUAGAUAUUAAUGCAAUUUCAUUUUCACUUUAGCCCCCCGUAUGUAUAUAUAAAUACACCUCAAUUCUUCAUCUGCAGGUCAGGAUCGCAUCGAAAGUUAGGGAAAUAAAGCAGACUUGUAACACUUCAACCCACAUUUAACCACAGCAUGGUAUGAGUUGCAGUUUCUAUUUGUACUGAAUGGACAGGGGACAGACACAAAUUAGUCACUACCCUAUUCUAAACUACUUCUGUUCUAUUGUGUAAUGCACAUGAAAAGUGCUGUUAUUUUAGGGCACCCAAUUACCAGUUGGGAAGGGUUUAACUGCAAGAAUGGCCAAGAGGAGCAGCAGCAACGCUGCCUGUGCCAAGAAUGAGAAGCAGUGCUGCACCUCAUCUCUCUGCCCCCCUUUCCCUUCUGCUUAUUAUACUCGAUGAUUAAUUGCAUUCAGACCUCUUUUCGUUUCCUUUUUGCUACCAGCCCUGUAAAUCAUCCAUCCCAUACCUGUGCACUGGACAGUAAUAACCAGGAGUCACCUUGCUGCAGGCCACCCGACUGAGCAGCAGGAGAGGUUUUGAUCCUGUUCCAGUUUUGCUGCCAUAAGGGCAAAAAAAUGAAGCACUUUAUACAAAACAAAACUUCAAAGCAACUCAAGCAGUCAGCGCUCCCUGAGCCCCGCUCCAAGCCAGGUUGGAUGCUGCUGCUAAAAUGCACCCUCUCUGCAUGGCAGACUUCACUGAAUCUCCUCCUGAAUAUAAAUUACAGCUUUUUUUCCCCCUUAAAUGCACUGAUAUCCAUGUUCACUGAUUUAAUUUCACAUAACUUUCAUGGGUUAUUUUUCCGUGAUUCUGAGAUGAAAAGAACUAAUCUCUUAGCACAUUGGAAAAGCUGGAUUUCUGCCAGUUUCCUUAAAACAGCUACAAUUUGUGCCAACUCGGUAAUUUUUAAUUACAAAUUAUUUCUUCUUCUCCUAAUGCUACUUUUUAAAACACAGUUCAAACAGACACAGUUCCAAAUUCUUCUUUUUCUACCCUAAGAUUCAUUCUUAUUAAGAGCCUAGUGCUUGCACAGAGACAUUUGCAUUUCUUCCUGGUGUUCCACACUGCCUUAUGUAAAACUUGCAAUUAAAUUUAAUCAUUAAACAGGGCAUUAUGUUG